AUGCUCGGGCUGGUGCGCCGCGCCGCCACUGGCGUGUCCCGGGUGACCGCCGAGAGGUGCGGUGCACCGGCGCUCAAUGCUCUCGGGGCCGUGCCGUGCAGGUUGGACGCGAAGCGCGGCUACCGCCAUUGGUGGCGCGUGCUGCCCGAGGACUUCGAGUUGAACACCGAGUCCAUGCCCAAGGACGUGAAGAGCCUGAUGUCAAGCAAUCCGUACGAGCUGGGCUUCGUCGACAACUACUGGUACUGGCGCAUCCGCGCGGAGAGCACGAUCAUGGACCCAGAGAACUUGCCGAAGAAGAGCUACAAGCAGCUGUGCCGCGAUAUGGGCCUGACUGUGGUCAACAGCAAAGCGAGCACUGUGUUGGGCAUCAUCGAGCUGUACGAGUACCUGAAAUCUUCGCCUUUCAUCGGCCCCUUCGGCACCAUCGAGAACCCGGUGCUGGUACCCGCGAUCCACACCGAGCGAGUCGUGGGAUGCAGUGGCGGCACGGGGGACGCGGAGCACGUGCCGUUGUGGUUCCGUUGCCGCGAGGGUUUUUUGUACCGCUGUGGCGAGUGCGACCAGAUCUUCAUGCUCGUCCGGGUCAUGUACGAGAUCAGCCCCGAGGACGGCGGCCAGAUCCCCGACCCCGACGUGAACGAUGUGUUCGAUUUCGGCCUCUUGGAGAAGGGCAGCGAGGUGUGGAACUCUGGCGGCAUGAUCAUGUGGCCAGUUGGCUAUGAUGCCCUCCACGGCACCGUCUACGGCGGCGCGCCGCGCGACGAGCUCAACGAGCAGCGCGCCAUCGGCGCCCGAGAAGGAUUCUACGCGGGCGUCGGUUCGUUUGCGCCGAGGCUCCCGAGCCGCCACGAGGGCCGCGGCGCGCCCGAGGUCUCCGUCGACCCGCCGUCCGGCGGCGGGGCGCGCAGACUGCUGCUGCAGUCGCUCGCGCGGCCGGACCUCGGCCUCACCGUGCUGAGCCUCGACCGCGACUGCCUCGCCCUCGAAGGCGGCGACGAGACGUGGGCGGUCGGCCAGCCGCCAGUCGUGCGCGCGAGGCGCAGGGAGGAGCUGCAGGCCGCCACCGUCCUGGAGGCCAAGGCGCCCUCCCAGCCACGCCCUCUGGACGCCCGCGGCUACCCGCCGCGGCGCGCCCACGGCUCGGCGGUGGCGGCGCCCGUCGCGCCAGCGGCCGGCCCAGAGCCCGAGGCGGACCCGCUGCCGCGCACGCCCUCGCCGUCCAGGACUCCGUCCCCGGAGCGCGCACCGGUGGAGGACGGCGUUGGCCACCAGCGCACCGGGGGGCAGCGCCAAUCCCGCCUGCGGCAGCCGAUGCCGGUCGUUGCAGCCGACAGCUUCCAGCGCCCCGACAUCGUGGUCGGCCCGCAGGUGGCGUCGUCGAAGCAGCCUGCCAGAGGCGGCGCCCUAGACUCCGAGAUCCUCGCCGCAGGGGCGGCGGCGGCGGAGCGGCUGGUGGCGGCGGCGGACUCCGGCGAGGUCGGCGAGGUGCGGGUGCUGCUGGCGCGCGUAGGCGCCGACACCGCGGCGCCCUCCGGCCCCCACGAGGGCAUGACGCCGCUGAUGGCGGCGGCGGCGCGUGGGCGCGACGAGGCGGCGGCGCUGCUCCUCGAACAGCGCGCCAACCUGGAGUUGAGGGACCCGAGAGGCUGGUCCGCGGUGAUGCACGCGGUGGCUGGCCAGCGGCCCGCCGCGCUGCGGCUGCUGCUGGGGGCCCGCGCCGCAGUCGCCGGCGGCGGCCACGCCGACGCGGAGACGGGGGCGACGCCGCUGAUGCUGGCCGCAGGUGGGGCUCGCGCGGAGCUGUGCGCGAUGCUCCUGAAGAGUGGGCACGCGCCGUCCAUGCUGGCCGCGUCGGACGCCGAGGGCCGCUCGGCGGUGCACCACGCGGCCCGGAACGGCCGCUGCGGCUCGCUGGUGACGCUGCUGGCGGCGCGGGCGCGGGUCGACACGCAGAGCGAGGACGGCUGCGCACCGCUCCUCGAGGCGGCGCGCGCGGGGCGCGCGGAGUGCGUGCGCUUCUUGCUGUCGCACCGGGCGGACCCGCGAGCACAGGACCGCGAGGGCCGAACAGCGGCCACGCUGGCAAAGACCUACGGCCACGACCGGGCGCUGCAGGCACUCACGGAGGUGAGGGAGGUGCCCGCCUUCCUCCGCGACUGAGCGGGCGCUGGCGGCGGCCGCGCGCGCGCGGCGGGGGCUAGCGACGGGGCGUACCGACGACUGACGAUGACGAAGGCGACGGCGGCGGCGACGACGACGAGGGCG